AUGUAUAUGGAAGCAAUUAAGUCCUUGGUGGAUGGCCAAAGAGAGCUUGAUCAGAUAGUGGCCAAGGAUACAGAGAGAAAACAACUUAUUAGACUUGCAGUGGUUCAAGCACUUCGAUUGAAUGGAUCAAUAAAUCAAAAGAAAAAUGCCAGCAGAGAACCUACACCCACGACAAUAUCACCAAAUCAUGAAUACGAAUUAAUUAUCAACAAGUUGAAGCAGGAACAUGCAACGAAGGACAAGGUUUUUGAAUCCAAGAUCGAGACACUUAAGGAUGAAUUGGCUAGAUUGAAACAACAGAUCAAAGAGCAAAAUGAGACUGUACUGGCAGUUCAGUCAAUGACAAACUAUAAUACCAAAUCAAGGCAUAGUGGGAAUAAUAUUAACUCAUCGUUCUCAACCUCACCUUAUGUGAGUAAACUUUUCAAUUCAAAGAGUUACCUUUCUCCAACCACCAAUUCUUUAAAUAAAUCUAUCAGUGGAUCAACUAGUACUGCCACAUCACUUGCUGAUGUACUGACAAUCUUAUCUCCCAUUCAACCUAAACGGAAGGUGAAUCUAGCUGCUACCAAGCCGAAACGUUCGUAUUUCAAUUUCAAUCAUAUGAAAAAAUUCCAUGAAGAGGCCAUGGCUUUAGGUAUUCUGACAGAUAUUGAAGUUCCCAUCAAGAAAGGGAAUGAUCAGAAAUUGAAUGUAAGAGGAGCAUCAGUAAGUAAAGCUGUAGAUCUGCUGUCGAUUUUGGGGAGUUUGGAAACAUCUGAAGUAGUGAAAACGCCCUCAAAACAAGUACAAGCGGCAAAUACAAGUGUCACAAAUGUCACCAAUUUCCUCACCGACGGAGAUGAAGAAGAAGAAGAUGGAGAAACAACAUUUGCAAGUGCAAACUCUACAUUGAAUGGACAGAUUCCAUCUUCUAGUUCAGAUGAAAAGGGAACGAAAAAGAAGAAGAAACUUCAACUUUGGAAGUCUGAAGCUACUAAAAUCACCCCUUCAGAGGAUGUUAACAAUAAUAGUCCAAAUAAGGGACUUAAUCUUGAGGAUGAAGAGACUAACACCUUGAAUUAUUACCAAGAUUCUAACUUUUUAGAAGAUACAGAGACACCAAAGAAGUUAAAAAGAAAUGCUCGAGAUCGUGCAGCUAGUGGUAAAGUCACUAAAAAGAGGAAGAAGAAUGUUUUCAAAAUUGAUUGA